GGCGGCGGCGACGGCGCCGCAACGGCCCGAGUUUUCCAUGUAGGGAACUCGGCAGUGCGACACAGAAGAGUGCGAACAUAGCAUGAAAAAAAACUCUAUCUGUCUGAUGCUCGCUCUUCUUAGUGGAUUUCUUUAAAACAAAACAAAAAAACAACAACAAGCCACACACAAACAACAAAUUUUCCAACUUUUGCCUCUUCUACAACAACAACAAGAAAAACGAACAAGAAUACAAGGAACAACAGCUGAUAACAACAACAAGAACAACAACAAACACACAACACGCAUCACAUAAAAGAAUUUCCCAGCGGCAAAUCUCAACGGAAUAUUUACUGAGUGCCAGUUUUUGGUCUCGAAAGUCAACCGCAAGUGCAUUCUAUAUACAUAUAUACAUACGCCAGAGUCACGCCCACAUACGCCCAUAGAGAGGAGUCGCAGAGCGUAAAGAAAAAUGGCGGCGUUCAUAGCGAAACAGAUGGUGGGAAACCAAUUAAGUGCCGUUAAAGAUGCUGCAGGCGGAGGUGAUGGCGGUGAUGAUGGCGACGAUAAGGAAAAGGCAGAGGAGGAGGAGAGAGAGCGUCAGGAGGCCAUACGUGAGGCCGAAGAGCGACGCAAGGAGAAGCAUCGCAAAAUGGAGGAAGAGCGCGAAAAAAUGAGACAGGACAUACGCGAUAAGUACAACAUCAAGAAAAAGGAGGAAAUCGUUGAGGCAGCGCCACAAGAGGAGCCCAAUCCGCUGAUGCGAAAAAAGAAGACGCCCGAGGAGUUGGCCGCCGAGGCUGAGCAGGAAGAGCUCGACGAUUUUACAACGAAAUUGAAAAAACGCCUCAGUGAUGCUUUUAAAAAUUGCCCAUUGAGAAACUUGUUCUGAGCAAUUCCAAAAAUCCAGCAAUAAAGUGAAGUGGGAUCCUCCAUUGAUAGUUUCGGUUUCAAAAGUACAUGCAAAGUACAUGUACAUGUGUGUAUGUGUACUUUGUAUACAUAUACAUACUUACAUGCACACAUAGAUACACUUUAGUUUAAGGAUAACCAAUCAACCAAAUCGCUUCGGAUAGCUGAAAUUUCCAUGCGCUUUUCAAAACUUCAACGUGCAUUAUCUGCCAGAUCUGGUUUAGCAGACUUUCUAUGGUGACUAUAACUUUUGUCUGAACUAGGUUUACAUACGAUUACAUACGAUUAUAUGAUGAUUAGUACAACCCUACGAUGUGCCCUUGAACGCAUUAGCAGCUGCACAAAUAAAUUUAUUAGAUCCUCUCCUUGAGAUGGGAAUAAGUCAAAAACUUAUGAAAUCAUUUUAGUUCAUUUUUGUCAUUAGUCUUUUAAGUUUUAGCAAAGCAAAUUCACACACAACAAAUCAAAACUAUUUUCAAUACGUAUUCGAAUGAAAAGAGAAAAGCAAAUAGCGUUAUAGACGAUCCAGAAAUUUAUUGUUAAUUUUGUUAUUUGAAAAACAGCCCCGAGAUUUUGUUGUGUUACUUAAUAAGUACAACGAUAAUAGGAAGAAUAGAAAUCUAUUUAUUAUAUAGUGAAUAGAGAAAACGAAAUAACCAACGUGUUGCAUACAUGAUGAAUAACAAACAACGACAUUAGUUUAAAGCAAUUAGAGAGUAGAUUAACUCACCGCAUACCAAGACGUCUUUCAUAUGUAUGUGCCAAGUGCGCUUUUCUUAAGAUAUUCAAUAUAUAUUGUAGACGAUUUAAAGUGUUUUCGUUACUUGCCAAAGAAAAUAAUUCAUAAGAUUUUCAAAGUACCUGAAAUUCCAAUGACCCUAGUGGAAGUCUUAAAUUAGGUUAAGGUUCUUCGACAAAAACAAUUGCAGAAUAUUAUUAAUGAGUUUAGAUCAUUUGAGAAAGUAUUGUAUCGACAUACAUACCUACAUAAGUACGAGUUUAAUAAUAAUAAUACAAUGCAAAAUCGAAAAAUCGAAAUGAAAAAAAAAAAAAACAAAAAAAUAUAUAACAAGAACAAAAGCUGCUCAAACAUUAUUUCUGACUAAUUGUGUACUUUGAUCGUCUUGAAUACUUUUAAGAGUACCUCUUUAUGUAUUUGCAAUAUAUAUAUGAACUUUUUUCACACUGGACUUACUAUACUUGAAAUCACAGUGUUAAUCUUAACAAUUUAAAUGUAUUUUCCAUGUCAUGUGUUUCAAACAGCCAGUCGAUAUUCGAUAUUCGACCGGUUUGAGCAUAUUCUUACACUAAUAUUUGACAAUUUAAAAUGAAGAAUCCAUCGCUUCGGCGCACCGAAGUUGAAAUAUCCUUUUCAAAAGCUAAAGCUGGCAAA